CUGUCAACGUUUUCACCAUUUCACUGCAGUGAUGUUGAAUAUUUCCGCUAAAUUAAGCGUAACAAUUUUGUUUCUGCUGUCACUUUUGACUCUGCUGUCCACUUUCGUGCUACUUGAUCCUCGCAGCGCAAACACCAGACAAGCAGUACAAGCAUCCAGUGUCCUGACGACGUUCAAUCUGAGCUUAAUGCUAGAUGAUCCUUCUAAUUUUAGGAGUGCUUUUGGACAAAACGUGAUAUUUAUGUUGGAGACGUCCAAAACAGGUGUUCUGAAAUUACGUCAAGUGUGCGCACUGGAGGCGGCCGCUAGUUUAAAUCCACAUAUAAACUUUAUUUUGGCUUUUUCGGAUUUGCUCGAAAUUAAGGCUAAGGACAACCCUGCUCUGCAGGAACUGCUUCAACAUUCCCCAAAUGUUAAACUUGCAACACUGGACAGCUCAAUGGCAGUUCGAGGCACGCCUGUUCAAGACCCUAAAGAGAAUAAAUUGAAGAAAGACAAUUAUUACAUUAAGGAGCACACAAGCAACUUCUUGCGGAUGAGCUUGUUGUGGAAGUUGGGCGGAAUGUACAUGGACCUUGACUAUAUGACGCUCAAAAACUUAAGUGCAAUCAUCGAACUGAAGAAUUUUCUAACCGCUGACGCAGAUUACAACAUCAAUAAUAGUUUGCUUGGUUUUGAGAGACACAAUCCUUUUUUGUUCAAAAUUUUAGAGACUGUGCGUUCAGAUUACGACCCUAAAGAUCAUCCCACAGUAGUCAGGUCCUUUAACAAAGCGGUAAUGAAUGUUUUUAAGAUAAGCAUUGUCGAGGCGAUCAGACUCGUAAACAUAAAUAACCAGCUGCACGUUUUGAAUUAUUUUAUAACUAGUCCAAUUAAAUACAGCGAAUGCCAUGAGGUGUAUCGUACCAGUAAUGCAAGCGUCUGGUUUGAAUACAUUAGAGAGCAUGGAAGUUACACCAUUCACUUAUGGAACAGCUGCAGUAGGAAAGAGGGAAAGCUUGACCCAAAAUCUAAUGAUUCGCCUUAUGUUAUUUGGGCAAGGGGAUACUGCCCAAGAGCAAUUGCUAGAGCCGUUGAUUGGUUCUAG